UCGCGACACCGUUGGAUCGACGAGAUAGAGCAACUAGCUCGCACGCAUUGGGUUUCAACCGAAUUGACAGCGUGAAGGACGGCAUGGAUCUGUUAAGUCUAACCAUCCUGGAGCUGCGUGACACCAAACCGUCGCAGGAGGACUUCCUCGAGCUGGAGGAGCAGAGCAACGAGAGCGAAGAGGGUUCGUCGAAGCUGAGGAGGCCGAAGCACGACAAGGAAGAGACGAAAUCGUGCAGCAAAGAGUCCGAGCAGUUGAGGAUGAUCAAUCUAGACGAGGUAGCUUGGCACGACACCGUUGACAACUGUUGGGUCGUGAUCCACGACUACGUCUACGACUGCACGGAUUUCUUGAAGACUCAUCCAGGUGGGUCCGACGUGAUACUCGAGUACGCUGGCAGGGACGCGACAUUGGCCUUCAUCGGAACCGGACACUCCCCCAUGGCGAAGCAGAGCUUGCAGGUGUACCUCAUAGGCGAGCUUCCGCCGGAAGAGAGGAUCUUCCGCGUGCCCAAUGGACUGAAAGUGACAGGAUUUUGACACCUUACUGACAGCUCUUACCACAUUGCGUACCGCUCACGAGUUUUCCUGUGUUUUGCGCGCCAUCUGUUGUAAAUGUAGAUGUCAUAAAUGUCGGAUCUCAUUAUAGAUGUAGAUGUUGUAGAUGGAUGUAGAUGAUAGUUACUAGAUGUCAACAUACUGUCUUG